GGUUCACUUCCAAUGAAAUCCCCGGAAAUGGAGAGCUCCCACACAAGAUUCAGUGCCUGGACACCUUUUAAAAACAAGUCCUUAAAUAGACAGCUCUUUCAGGAAAGAGUUGCUCUCAUAAGUCAUUGGUUUGACCUCUGGACCAGCAAGCAACGUCAAGAAUUCCUAUGCACAAUUUUUUCACGGUGCACAAAAUCGCAAUUAAGGUUUGUCCAAGACUGGUUUUCAGAAAGGACACAAGUAGCCAAAGUGGAUUUCUCUACAGUGUUACCACGCUUCAUUUCUCUGUAUAUUUUUUCCUUUCUGAAUCCAAAAGACCUGUGUGUAGCUGCCCAAGUCAGCUGGCCCUGGAAGUUUUUAACUGAACAGGAUUGCAUAUGGAUGCCCAAAUGCAUCAAGUUUGGAUGGUUUCUGCCCUACACGCCAACAGAGAAUGAGUAUGGAGCUUGGAAGCACCACUAUAUUGCUUGUGUGUCCAACUUAGAUUGGCUAACGCCUAGGGAAGCCACUGCUGUUUAUGGGACUUUGAAUGAACCUAAAACUGAUGAUGAGGAGCUACAGGAGAGACAAAGAGAGAGGUGCCUAAGGAAAAUAAUUUGGGAUAAAAUUGCACUGCGUAAGAAGGAGUUAUUCAAAGUUCGGCCCCCUUGGGUGAGUGGAACAUGCUGCUCUAGAUUGUUAAAAUCCAAAUGCCAGCCACGUCUCUCCCAGACUGUGAGGGCCCAAAUGGGAUUGCACGAAGCUCAGGAGAAGCUGCUUCUGGCAUCACUAGAAGCUUUGCCCAAGCGAAGCAAUGUUUCUGGAAGACAUUCCUAUCCUUUAUUAUCAAAGAAAAAUUGGCAUGGAGCUUACAGAGAUGACAACAGCAAUUCAUAUGCUCUCCAGCCACACUUCAUUCUAAUAUCAUCUAGGAUUCCUGCAUAUGAGAUGGUGGUGGAGAGUGUGAAGGCAGACGUCAUCUCUGUUGUAUAUGAACACAGCGGCAUCACCUUGGAGGGCCUACUUUAUCUCAUAGAAAAAGCUCUGGCUGGGCGGAAGGCACAGAGCAUGGGCCUAUUUAGUGAUGGAAAUAGCAGAGAAAUCAAUUUGCUCCAAGGCUGUAAAAUUGGCAUUAAGAAUCUACUGAAGCCUGAAGUGAGAGACUUCUGGGAGAAAUUAGGAAGCUAUGUGGCCACUGAAGAAGAAGGGGGACACAUAGACUUGUUUGUGCCACUUGGAGCAUCAGAGGCAGGCACUGAAGUUCUUGCUCAGCUGUCUCAGCUGACUGGUACCUUCUUUACUGCCCCCACUGGGAUUGCAACUGGCUCUUACCAACACAUUCUUAGUGACUGGCUGGGAGCGCUGUGGGAAAGGCCACCGCCUGCCAUCUACUUCAGCGAAGCCAAGCUGCGCAUGUGGUCCCGCGUCACAGACUUCCUGGAAGACACCCUGACAGCGGUGAGGAAGCAGUUACGUCCUCUCUUCCAGGAGCUGCGGAAGAGCAUCAGUGGCCGGAUGAUAGGGCAGUUUAUGUCUGACACUGUGGGUCUGACCAACAUUGUGAACAACCAAGAAGUUGCAAGAGCUCUGGCAGAGGGAUUGGUGGAAUUGUCAAAAGCAGAUUCUGACAACCCUUUGGAAUUUUUGUCCUGUUUUCUGCUAAAGGAAUGUAAUAAGAAGAACAAAGAUUCUGAAGCAAAUGUCAUAUUGACAAAGUGUGACCCAAAGGCAACGUUCAAUUUAUUGAUGAAGGGUGGAGAUGUUACAGAAGACGGCGCUCAGGAUGCAACACCCGCUCUUGGCACAAACGACCUGGAUCUCGAGGUGCUGCUUGAGUUGGAGAGAAAGCUCCAGCUGGACUCGGCAGAAAAGCGAAGCAGAGUUGUCGGGGAGCUCGUGCAGAGCGAGAGGAACUACGUGCAGACGCUGGGGAUCGUGAGGGACAUUUACGUCAAGCCGCUGAACGCAGCGUUGUCGUCCAACAGAGCGAUCCUGAGUGCUGCAAACGUGCAGAUCAUUUUCGCUGAUAUCCUGCGGGUGUUACAUCUCAACAGGCAGUUUCUAGAUAACCUGAGAGACAGACUGCAGGACUGGGGCCCUGCUCACUGUGUGGGGGAAAUAUUCCUGAAGUUUGGAAGUCAGUUGAACACAUAUACCAAUUUCUUCAACAAUUACCCUGUCAUUCUGAAAACCAUCGAGAAGUGCAGAGAAGUGACGCCAGCCUUCCGCGCGUUCCUGAGGAGGCACGAUAAGACUGUGGCCACCCAGAUGCUGAGCCUGCCGGAGCUGCUGCUGCACCCGGCCCAGAGAUUUGAAGAAUAUCUCCAUCUGCUCUACGCACUGCGACUUCACACUCCUGCGGAACACGUGGACCGUGUGGACCUGACCGCCGCCAUCGACCAACUCAGAAAAUACCAGGGUUACAUAGAUCAGAUGAAACACAGCGUUCACCUGGAAGGCCAGCUGUCCGAUAUACAGAGAGCCAUUCGGGGGUGCCCCACUAUAUCAGAAGCAAACAGGUAUCUGAUUAGGGUCCAAGAUGUAGCCCAACUUCACCGCUGUGAUGAGGAAAUAAGUUUCUCCUUAAGCCUCUAUGAACACGUCCGCGACCUCAGCCUCUUCCUCUUCAAUGACGUCCUGCUCGUGUCUGGUCGGGCCGAGGCGUACACGCCAUUCCAGAGGACUUCGAAGACAACCUACCAGUUCAUUGCAUCAGUGGCGCUCCACAGCUUACUCGUGGAAGACAUUCCAGAUUCCAAGUAUGUCCGGAAUGCAUUUAUUCUUCAAGGUCCAAAACGUGAAUGGAUUUGUGCUACAGAGCUGGAGGAUGACAAAUUCCUGUGGCUGUCAGUACUCCAAAAUGCAAUCAGAAGUAGUAUGGACAGGUGA